UAUGUAAAGAGCUAUAUGCCUGCUAGGUACUGUUAUUACUAUUAUUAUUAUUAUUGUUGUUGUUAUAUUACAGCACGUCACGGGAGGAAUUUGAACCAGAUCUACCCCCGGGGCUGCCCGUCAAUCUCCGCCGCCCAAAGGCAGGAGACUACAACUCCCGGCAAGCCACGUCGCUAUGUCCGGAACGCGCCCCGCCCCCUUACGUCAGGCGCUGUUGGCGGCCACGGCCACGCGCCUUCCGGAGUCCCCGCUAGGCGCGGGCCCCGCCCUCGCGGCACUGUGACGAGCGCGCGCCGGAAGUGUCGUCAUCAGCGCCCGGUCUCCCACCCUCCCCCAGCUCCACUGCGAGGCCGCACUCGAGCCCCGGGGGCCCAGCGAGAUGGACAGCCUUGCGCGGGCAGCGCCUCGCCGGCCGCUGCGGCCCGGGCGCUGGGCACCCUGCGGAGGCAAAGUACGGCCCUGGCCGGCUCCAGGGCGCGCGGCAAGCGGGUGACGGAGGCGAAGACGAGGAAGCGGGUCCUCGACGAGGAGGAGUACAUCGAGGGCCUCCAGACAGUGAUUCAGCGGGACUUCUUUCCUGAUGUGGAGAAGCUGCAGGCUCAGAAGGAGUACUUGGAGGCAGAGGAGAGUGGGGACCUGGAGAGGAUGCGGCAGAUAGCAAUCAAGUUUGGCUCUUCACUGGGCAAGUUGUCCAGAGACACCCCUCUGCCAUAUGUGACUCCAGCCACAUUUGAGACCCCUGAGGUUCACCCGGGUACUACCUCCUUGGCGACUAAGCCCAGACUUCGUGCCAGAGGUCCCGAGGAAGGGUCAGGAGAAGCAGAGGAAGAGGAGGACAAAGAGCACCUUCCUAGUCUCGACGCUUUCCUGACCAGGUAUACCAGUGAGGACAAUGCCUCGUUCCAGGAGAUCAUGGAAGUGGCGAAGGAGAAGGAGAGAGCACGGCAUGCCUGGCUCUAUGAGGCGGAGGAUGAGUUUGAGAAGAGGCAGCAGGAGAACCUGGCCCUGCCAUCCACCGAGCAGCAGGCCCUGCAGAGCAGCCAGGCCGGAGUAGAGACUUGGAAGUACAAGGCCAAGAAUUCCCUGAUGUACUACCCUGAGGGUGUCCAUGAUGAGGAGGAUGUGUUUAAGAAGCCCCGGCAGGUGCUGCAUAGAAACACUCGUUUUCUCAGGGACCCUUUCAGCCAGGCCCUGAGCAAGUCCCAGCUGCAGCAGGCGGCUGCCCUCAAUGCCCAGUACAAACAGGGUAAAGUGGGCCCCGACGGCAAGGAGCUGAUCCCCCAGGAGUCUCCCAAGGUCAAUGGGUAUGGAUUCGUUGCCACCCCUUCUCCGGCCCCUGGUGUGAACGAGUCUCCCAUGAUGACAUGGGGAGAGGUUGAGAGUACCCCGUUGCGAAUUGAUGGGUCAGAAACUCCAUAUGUGGACAGAACUCCAGGGCCCGCCUUCAAGAUCCUGGAGCCUGGACGCAGAGAGAGGUUAGGUCUCAAGAUGGCCACUGAGGCAGCUGCCAAGAACCGAGCCAAGAAACAGGAGGCCCUAAGAAGAGUCACGGAGAACCUGGCCAGCCUCACCCCCAAAGGCCUGAGCCCAGCCAUGUCCCCAGCCCUGCAGCGGCUAGUGAACAGGACCGCCAGCAAAUACACCGACAAGGCCCUGCGGGCCAGCUACACGCCAUCCCCGGUUCACCCUGGCUACAAGACGCCUGCAGGCGGUCCUCAGACUCCCACGGGCACUCCCGCCCCCGGCACUACCACGAGGACUCCUCUGACCCAGGACCCCGCCUCCAUCACCGACAACCUCCUGCAGCUACCCAAGAGACGGAAAGCAUCGGACUUCUUCUGAGGACCCUGCACUGGGGGCCCUGGGCAGAGCACGGCCCUCCCUGGCAGCAGAAGGCUUUGUCAGGUGGGAUGGAAAUGCCCCCAUGGAGCGGCCAUACCUGCACCCAGGUAGUCGGUCAGGCCCAACUAAAAGCUGAACCAAAGCUUCCCUGGGUUCCCAUCCCUGUCUGGCUGCACGGCCCCUCCCUCAUCUGGGUCGGCCACGUGGUCUAGGCAGGGCUUGGUGGGCUUGGAUCUGGGUCAAGGUCCUUCCUCCUGACCCUCAGGAGCAUGAUGACACUGAACACAUCUCUUAGCACUUCCUUUCUCCAUGAAAUUGGGAUACGAGCGCUCGCCUUCGCGGAGGAGAAGACGCUGGGAUGGAGCCUUCGGCCUGGUGUUCAGGUCCCAGAACCUGGGCUCCCUCUGGGGGAUUUGAUAAAACGCCCAGGGGGAGGGAGACCCCACCCUGACCUGGCAUCCCCUCGCCAGCCUUGUUCCCAUUCUGUAUUGGAGCCUGAACUGUGUGAGCCUGCAUGUGGGACUGGACCAUCAAAGGCCGUCUUAGCCCCUUGAGAUCCUUUCUGGACCUUGGCUUGGUUGUUGGCCAUCUUAGCGGCCUCUCUCAGCUUCGUGUCUUCCUCAGGUUUCAUGGUGGUCACUCCCACUAUGCAGUCAAGUCAUGCGGAUGAGCUGGACAGUAGCAGUAGUGCACAUUCCUGUGGUGCUCUGGCUUAAAGAGUCCGAGCUGGGGCUCCAGGCCCUGUCUUCUUUGGUCAUUAUGACUGUCACCUAGAGAGAGGGCUGAGACUCAUUCUCUUUGGCCCUGGAAGGCAGGCCCAGGGGCAGUGGGUAGAAGUUUCAUACAGGGGGCUCUCUCCACGUGGAGGUGGCAGCUUGGGGAGGUCUGCGAGCAGAGGCUGGCUGGCUGCUUGGGAAGAGCGUAGGGAGCCGAGGAGGGUCCUUGUAAGGCCCCCGAGCUCCCUCACAGAAAAAAGAGCUAUGGCUACCAGUCUCAUGCUGUGGGCUCUCACCAUGUUUGCUUGCUCUGGUCCCACUCCUGAGGCCUUAGGCCUUCAACAAUUGGUGCAGAGAGAGAGAGAGAGAUGGAAAGUCACUCAGGCUGAGAGGCCAACACCAUCCUUCCAGGGCUUAUCACUCGGCCCACACCACCCUGUCUUGCCCAGAAAGAUUUCAUCAGAAACUUGGGUGUGUGCCUCUGAGAUGUUCUGGUUUGUUUUUGUAUGCCUGUAGCACAAAAUUACACCUUACCAAGUGGUUUUCUAAAAGUCCUUUAUCUCCCUU